GACAGCUCAGCGAAGUAACGUUACGUUAGCACGAUAAACUUCAGUUUCACUUUUGCAGCCAUGUCAGUGUUGUUUGUGGUAGCGAAACUGAAUGUUAACGCGACAAGUCGUCUGAAUUUAACCAGCUGGCUACACACUCUUUGCUCCGCAUCUGCCUGAGUGCCAAGGCUAGUGACUCAAACUUGUCCUGUCUCCUCUAAAGCAGUAGAGAAGCUUGGUGAGAGAGGAUGGAUGGAGUCAGCUGGAGCACCACCAGGGCCCAGGAGUCGUUCAGCCGCUCCAAGACGGCAGCAGACACCCUGUCCAGGCUCGCCAGCUUCAUUGCACGGGCUGACACUAAACAUCACGCCCAAAACCAGAAGCAGCAACCAUCCCAUUUGUCUACAUAUGUUUGUCAAGAAUGUGGUAAGGGCUUCCCUUAUGCAACAGACCUGUUGCAUCACCAGGAACUAAAACACACAUUACCCAAACCGCACCGGUGUCCCUGUUGUGGACAGGAGUUCUCCCUGAGGUCAUCCUUGGAGCUCCAUAAGUGCAGUCGUGAUUCAUCCCUAUGUGAACUUUGUCAUGGAGAGUCACGGCUGGGUUCUCCCUGCCCUGCAUGUAAGACUUGCACCUCAGAUCCUGGCAGGCUGACAGACAAGGCACCUCACUGCCAGCCUCACCUCCUGGACAGUAGCCCUUACGCAUGUGCUCCUUGUGGGAGAGGCUUCAGCCAGAAGCAGGCUCUGCUGCACCAUCAGCAAGCUGGUUGUAGUGAACCACCAUCCCCAUCAGAUAUAGUUGAUGCAAGUAGCCUUCCAGAUGAUUCUCCGCCAGUUUCUGAGGGAGACUCGACCUGCUCUGAUUCUUCAGACACCCCGGGGCCCAGCAGCAGAGCUGUCAAUGUGUGCCAAUUCUGUUCAAAAACGUUCCGUACAGAAGCUAGAUUGCAACGCCAUGAACAGACCAACCAUGCAGAGGAGCAGCUGAUGGCUCCACAGGGACAAAGGACCAAAGGAGAAGGUGCUGUUAGAGAAGCAAGGAAAGGAGCGUCUACCAAUGUGAAUGGAGAUCUAAUUAAAAUGCCAAAAUCCCAAAAGAAAUUACUGACCUGUCGUUCUUGCGACAUGGUUUUCAGGAGCACCUCUAAGCUGUAUGUGCACAGAAAAGAGAAGCACAGCAGAGAGAAAAUUAUUAGAAGAGAACCAAGGCCGGUCAUCAGCAAGCGCAGGAAAGGAGGCACAUAUCCCUGUCAAGUCUGCGGCAAAGUCUUCAUCCAUCAUUUGUCACUUAGGGCUCAUUACAGACAGCACACAGCCUCAAGCUUCACCACAAUCAAAAACAAAAGCCAGCCUGUAGAAUGCACCACCAAAGACUCUGACUUAUCAGAAAAUAGGCCAAAUAAAGUCAAAACCAGCAUAGCAGAAAACAAGACUGUUAAGGCUGGUCCAGGGAGGCCCAGGAAAGUGGCCAGAUUAGAGAAGAAGGUUACUGAUCUAGGGAGAUGCGGAGAAGUGUCUGAAGGAGAGGAGGAUGAACAGGAGAGAGAGUUUCCAUGCCCCUCCUGUGCCGAGGUUUUCUCUCUGCAGUCCCAGCUGAGGGAGCAUGUGGAGCUCCACCAGUCCUCCGUGAAGAGGAGACAGUGCAGCGUGUGCACAAACGAGAUGGAUACCUGUAAAUGGCCGGGCUCGAAGAGGCACAGGCUAUACCACUGUGUGCCUUGCCAGCAGGGUUUCUCAGCACUGGACUCUUUCUUAGAACACUGUCAGGAGCAUCUGCGAGUCAGGGUGGAGCAGGACAGCAUCACAGAGGGCUACACACAUCAGGCCAGCAAAGCCUGACAUCCAGUUUGAAUGUCGUCAGAGAUUGCCUUUUUGCCUUGAAGGGUUAGAGAGCGGAGUGAUGAAAUCUCUGAAAUUCUUGUUGAUCAACCUGUUCAUUGAUUGAGCAUUCAGAACAUCUUGUCUCUGUACCUAUGCUGUUGGUUUGACUUUAUCCAUAACAUAAUAUCAAGUGUUAAAGAGACUAAAUUGUUAAAGGACCAUACCGGGCUUUUUGCAUGUUUUAUUUUGCCCUUUCACUGAAAAUCAAAAAUACUUAACUGCCAAGCAUUUUCUAAGCAUACCAUAGUUCUUCUCAGAUUUUCAAACGUUUUCUACAGCCAUUUUUUUCAGUACAGUAUAUAAAUCAACCAUUUAGUAAAUAUUUAACACAAUAGCUGCGUGUUAAUGCAUUUUUAGUGUGUUCAUGAUUUUAGUCACUCACAAAGCAGCAUUGCAUCAACAAGCAAUGUUGUUGUGAAAUCUAACGAAACAAGAAGAAAACGUAGAUAUUGCAAACUGACCAUACGUACAUGAGUGUCCCACAAGCAUGUGUGUGCACUAAUAAUGAACACCUUUUAAAUUCAUAAUCAAUUUAAGCUUUAUUACAACUUAAUGAUAACACAACUCUGACUUAACAUAAAGCCAACAGGUUCACUGUGAUGGCUUACCUACGUCUAGCCAGUCUGCAAGUUGAUUUUCAUACUUAAAUGAAAUACAUUAGAACCUGCUGCAGCCUGAAAAGUUGGAAAAAAAACAUGCAAAAACACCAGUAUGCUUCUUAAAUAGAGUCUGGCAUAUCCACUCUGUUCAUCUAUUGUUGAAACCACUAUUUGUUACAGAUCUCGUUUCCCUAAAACGUCCUACAGCCAAGAUGGUCUUAGUCCAUAAAAUUACAAUGGGAGUUAAGAUCAUCUUAGCCUUAUGGUGCUUUUGGAAACUAGGCCAUCUGCACGAUCAUGACAUGUUGUAGCCACAGCACUGACAGAGAUAUCUUGUUUGCUAGAGUCUAUUUUUACACCAGGUCCAGACAUCUGGAGUGCUUUAGCUAAGUAAGGUCUGAUAAGUCUUCUGCUGUAUUUCAAUUCUUUGUCUUACAAUUUUGGCAAUAAUAAUUUAUAGAUUGGAUUGGAUUGUCACUGUUGUGUUUAAACCUGGGUAUUUGCAUUUGUAUUUGCAUUGAAUUUGUAGCACUGCUUAAGUAGUGCUUUGGUCAAGAAUGCAAAGUAUUUGUAAGUGCUGUCCCAAGGUACGAUUGAAAUCACAAAACAUGAUAUUUAAUUACAGCCGUCUUUUUAGCUGGCAUGUACUUUGGUGAUAUUACCUAGCUAUGCAAAUGAAUACACUGAUGGCAGCCCACUGUGUCUGUGAUGCUUGAUAAAUGCGAUUGGGUGAAUGAACAAGGAUCAACAUGAGGUUGUUGGGUUGGGGUUUUUUUUUUCUUAAGGAUUUUCAGCUACUGUUUUCAAAGUUCUACUGUGAAAAUGUUGAAAAUGAUUUAAUAGGUUUUGAAGCUUCCACUUUUUCGAGGUCUUUUGUAAAUUAGUCUAUGGUUCUUUAUAGAUAUCAUAAUUAAAACAAUUCUCAUGA